AAAAGAAUGCAAAACAAUCGGGAGGUUUAAUGGAUGGAGAUUAAGCGAACGCUUCAAUGGCAAUUAUUUCCGGCCAUCACUUUUCUUCUUCUCUCUUCCCUUACUUCCUCUUUCUCUCUCUCUCUCUCUCUCUCUCUCUAGUCUUCUCCUCUUUGCAUCCCCAAUUCAUCGUCCUCACGUUCCUUUUUUUGUUUAUUCAUCAUCUUCCUUUGAUCACAUUUUAGGGUUUGUUUCCACAAUUUCUAGGUUUUUCUUGGGAUGGUUAAUUGAUAAGGUAAUGUUGGAGGAUUUAUUAGCUUCACAUUGUGGGUUUUUCUGGGUUCCUCAGGUGUAUUAUUAGAUCUGAGCUCCGGUCUGGGUGGUGUUAAAAAGAUUGUGAAGAAGAAGAAGAAGAAGAAGAAAAGGUGGAGUCAAUGAGCGCUUCAAGGUUCAUAAAGUGCGUCACCGUUGGUGAUGGCGCUGUUGGUAAAACCUGUUUGCUGAUUUCUUAUACCAGCAACACCUUCCCCACGGAUUACGUUCCGACUGUUUUCGAUAACUUCAGCGCAAAUGUGGUUGUUAAUGGUGCCACGGUGAAUCUUGGAUUGUGGGAUACUGCAGGGCAGGAGGACUAUAACAGAUUAAGACCUUUGAGUUACCGCGGUGCUGAUGUUUUCAUUCUUGCCUUCUCUCUCAUUAGUAAGGCUAGUUAUGAGAACGUUUCCAAGAAGUGGAUCCCAGAGUUGAAGCACUAUGCUCCUGGUGUCCCAAUCGUCCUCGUUGGAACCAAACUAGAUCUUCGGGAUGACAAGCAGUUCUUUAUCGACCAUCCUGGUGCUGUCCCGAUUACCACUGCUCAAGGAGAGGAGCUGAAGAAGCUAAUUGGAGCUCCUGCCUAUAUCGAGUGCAGUUCAAAAUCACAAGAGAACGUAAAGGGCGUGUUCGAUGCAGCGAUCAGAGUGGUCCUUCAACCUCCAAAGCAGAAGAAAAAGAAGAACAAAGCACAAAAGGCCUGCUCCAUUUUGUAGUAGAUCUCAUGGAAGUCAAGAAGCUCCUUGAGAUGUCGAUGACAGGGUGGUUUUAAAGAAGUAUUGCUUUUUUCAUUUUUGUUGUUGUUUUCCGUAUUCAUUUGUGAUAUCUUAGUUCCUUGACAAACGAAUUGUGGGAUUGUGGGGUUAAUUUAACUUCUAUUUUAACUGAUAGCCGAGACCCGAGAGGGCUAAUGUUUAGUCAUUUGCAAAUGUUUUUAUCAAUUGUAAUGAUGUUGAUUAUCCA